ACCGCGUUUCACUGAAUCAUUUUAUCCAUCAUCAAUUCCCAUAAUGCUCCGAGAGAUGCCAAAAUAUCGAGGUUUUCCAGGUAUGAUGGUGCUAUGUGUUGUACACUAAAAGGAGAGUAACCUAAAACCUGGAGGGAUUUUUAUUUAUUAACUGCGAGGAAAAAACGGAGCGGCGACCUACUGAUGUUCAAAUCUAGCUGCUGAGAUUCAUGGAAAAAGGACACGACAGCUGCAGUAUGGCAGCGUCGGAGCUGUACACAAAGUUUGCUCGGGUGUGGAUCCCUGAUGCAGAGGAGGUGUGGAAGUCAGCAGAGCUCACUAAGAACUACAAACAUGGAGAUUCCACCCUUCACCUCACACUGGAGGAUGGAAUGGACAUUGAGCACAAGCUGGAUGAUAAGACGAAGAACCUUCCUCACCUCCGGAACCCUGACAUCCUGGUGGGGGAGAAUGACCUCACAGCUCUCAGCUACCUCCACGAGCCGGCUGUCCUGCACAACCUUAAAGUCCGAUUCACCGACUCCAAACUCAUCUACACAUACUGUGGGAUUGUGCUGGUGGCCAUUAAUCCCUAUGAGAAUCUGCCCAUCUACGGUAGUGACAUCAUCAAUGCGUACAGCGGCCAGAACAUGGGAGACAUGGACCCUCACAUCUUUGCUGUGGCUGAGGAGGCUUACAAACAGAUGGCCAGAGAUGAGAGGAACCAGUCUAUAAUCGUAAGCGGUGAGUCGGGAGCAGGGAAGACUGUGUCGGCUAAAUACGCCAUGCGGUACUUCGCUACGGUCAGCGGAGCAGCCACAGAGGCCAACGUAGAGGAGAAGGUCCUCGCAUCCAACCCCAUCAUGGAGGCGAUAGGAAACGCUAAGACGACUCGUAACGACAACAGCAGUCGUUUCGGGAAGUACAUCGAGAUCGGCUUCGACAAACGCUACCGCAUCAUCGGCGCUAACAUGAGGACAUAUCUACUGGAGAAGUCUAGAGUGGUGUUCCAGGCGGACGAGGAGAGGAACUAUCACAUCUUCUAUCAGCUGUGUGCGUCCUCCCAUCUACCAGAGUUCAAGAAUCUGAAGCUAGGUAGUGCUGAUGACUUCCACUGCACCAACCAGGGUCAGAACCCGAUCAUCGAUGGAGUGGACGACGCUAAAGAGAUGUGCACAACACGACAUGCCUUCUCACUGCUAGGCAUCAACGAGUUGAACCAGAGGGGGCUGUUCCAGGUCCUGGCGGCCAUCUUACAUCUGGGCAACGUGGAGAUCAAGGACCGAGACUCUGAUAGCAGCAUCAUACCUCCCAAUAACCGCCACCUGACGGUGUUCUGUGAGCUGAUGGGUGUGACCUACCAGGACAUGUCUCAUUGGCUGUGCCACAAGAAGCUGAAGACAGCCCAGGAGACCUACAUCAAGCCCAUCCCUCGGCUGCAAGCCUCCAAUGCCCGCGACGCGCUUGCCAAACACAUCUACGCCAAAGUCUUCAACUGGAUCGUGGACCACGUCAACAAAUCUCUGCGCGCCACUGUCAAACAGCACUCCUUCAUAGGAGUCCUGGAUAUCUAUGGGUUUGAGACGUUUGAGAUCAACAGUUUUGAACAGUUCUGUAUCAACUAUGCUAACGAGAAGCUACAACAGCAGUUUAACAUGCAUGUGUUCAAGCUGGAGCAGGAGGAGUAUUUGAAGGAGCAGAUUCCCUGGACUCUGAUAGACUUCUAUGAUAACCAGCCAUGUAUCAACCUCAUAGAGGCCAAGAUGGGAGUACUAGAUCUGCUGGACGAAGAGUGCAAAAUGCCUAAAGGUUCAGAUGACUCGUGGGCCCAGAAGCUGUACAACACCCAUCUGAAGACCUGCUCUCUGUUUGAGAAACCUCGCAUGUCCAACAAAGCCUUCAUCAUACAACACUUCGCUGACAAGGUGCAGUACCAGUGUGAUGGCUUUCUGGAGAAAAACAAGGACACAGUGAAUGAAGAGCAGAUCAAUGUCCUGAAGGCCAGCAAGCUAAAGUUGGACCUGCUAGUGGAGCUGUUUCAGGAUGAGGAGAAGGCGACCAGUCCGACAGGGACCGCUGCAGGAGGUAGAACACGACUCAGCGUCAAACCAAAAGAGAUCAGACCUGGAGCAAGCAGCAAGGAGCACAAGAAGACUGUUGGCUGCCAGUUCCGUAACUCUCUGGCUAUGUUGAUGGAGACUCUGAAUGCGACCACUCCUCACUAUGUUCGCUGCAUCAAGCCCAAUGACCUCAAGUUCCCCUUCACGUUUGACCCUAAGCGAGCGGUGCAGCAGCUCCGAGCCUGUGGUGUUCUGGAAACCAUCCGCAUCUCAGCCGCAGGCUUCCCAUCCAGGUGGACCUACCAGGAGUUCUUCAGUCGUUACCGGGUUCUGAUGAAGCAGAAGGACGUCCUGUCGGACAGGAGGCUGACCUGUAGGAACGUCCUGGAGAAACUAGUGCAGGACCAGGAUAAGUACCAGUUUGGUAAGACUAAGAUCUUCUUCAGGGCUGGUCAGGUUGCCUACCUGGAGAAGCUGAGGGCUGAUAAGCUGAGAAAGGCAUGCGUCCGCAUCCAGAAGACCAUCCGCUGCUGGCUGGUACGCAAGAAGUACCUCCGCAAGAAGCAUGCCGCCAUCACCAUCCAGAGAUACACCCGCGGACACCAGGCCCGCUGUCUGGUUAAGUACAUGCGUCAGACCCUGGCAGCCAUCACCAUCCAGAAGUUCCAGAGGAUGUGUGUCCAGAGGAAGCUGUACCUCCAGAAGCAGGCUGCUGCCCUGGUCAUGCAGACUAUCCUCAGAGCAUACAUGGCCCGACAGAAAUACCAAGGGUUGCUGCGUAACCACAAAGCUGUGUUCAUCCAGAAACACGUGCGUGGCUGGCUGGCCAGACAGCGGUACAAGCGCUCCCUGCGAGCCAUCGUCUAUCUGCAGUGCUGCAUCAGGAGGAUGAAGGCCAAGAAAGAGCUAAAGAAGCUGAAAAUCGAGGCCCGCUCCGUUGAACACUUCAAGAAGCUUAACGUCGGCAUGGAGAACAAGAUCAUGCAGCUGCAGAGGAAGUUAGACGAACAGGCUAAAGACAACCGUGUGACUAGCGAGCGGCUGAACUGUCUGGAGACGUCCCACGCGGUGGAGAGUGAGAAGCUGAAGGUGGAGGUGUCUAAGCUGAAGGGGAUAGAAGAGGAAGCCAAGAACAACGCCAACCGUGUCACUUCCCUUCUGGAGGAGCUGGAGAAGCUGAGGAAGGAGCUGACCACCACCCAGAAAGAGAAGAAGACCAUAGAGGACUGGGCUACCAAGUACAGGGAUGAGAUGGAAAAGAUGGUAGCAGAGCUGAAGGAGCAGAAUGGUCUGCUGAAGACCGAGAAAGACGACCUGAACCGAAUGAUCAAAGAACAGAGCCAGCAGAUGACAGAGAAAAUGGCUCGUGCAUUAGCGGAGGAGACUCAGCAGUUGGAGAGCGAUCUGAACGAGGAGAGGUCUCGCUACCAGAACCUCCUAACAGAACACCUGAGACUGGAGGAACGCUACGACGACCUCAAGGAAGAAAUCACACUCUCUGUGAGUGUGCCCAAGCCCGGCCACAGGAGAACAGACUCCACCCACAGCAGCAACGGAUCAGAGUGCACCUACAACUCCGAGUUCGCCGAAUCAGAAGAAAGCUCCCGACAUGGAGAAGAUGUGACCCGGGGCAUGGACACGUCUCUGACUCUGAAGCUGCAGAAGCGCGUGACGGAGCUGGAGCAGGAGAAAUCCUCUCUCCGCAACGAGCUCGAGAACAAGGAGGAGCAGUUCCAGCGGGCUAGAGUCAGGGAUGAUGAGGAGCAUAGGAAAUCUCGUGGAGCAGAACUGGAGUACGAGUCGCUCAAGCGCCAGGAGCUGGAUUCGGAGAACAAGAAGCUGAAGCACGACUUGACCGCCAUGAGGCAGAGCCUGCUGGGUAAUGCAGGCGCUGGGGCAGGUGCACCAGGAAGUCCACCUUACAAAGUUCUCAUGGACCAACUGAACUCUUCCUGCGAGGAGCUGGAGGUGCGGAAAGAGGAGGUGCUGAUUCUACGAUCCCAACUGGUCUCUCAGAAGGAGGCCAUGCAGCACAAGGAUGAGAAGGAGACAAUGACAGAGCCAGUGCACUAUGUAGAGGAUGUCCAUAAGAUGAAGGACUCUGGUGCAAUCACUCAGGCUUAUCUAGGACUCAAAGAGACCAACAGAUCUCCCAGGUUCUUGCGUAAACCACUAGAAGCCAAUGAGCUCCUUAAUCGGCUCAGAUCUCCCACUGCUGACUUCCAUAGGCUGAAUGAGGACGGAGAGCUGUGGCUGGUAUAUGAAGGGUUAAAAGAGACCAACAGACUGUUGGAGGGCCAGAUGCAGCAGCAGCGGCGUAGCUAUGACAACGAGGUGGAGGUGUUGCGAGGGGAGUUACAGAGUGUUAAAGAGGAGAAUAACCGUCAACAACAGCUGCUGGCCCAGAACCUGCAGCUUCCACCAGAGGCACGCAUAGAGGCUAGUCUACAGCAUGAGAUCACACGACUCACCAACGAAAACCUGGAGAUGCUGCUGACUGAGGAUCCAACAGCAUAUCGCAGCGCCAAAGUCAACAUAUUACGACGGAUGGUUGACCUCAUGGAACAGCUGGAGAAGCAGGAUAAGACUAUCCGUAAGCUUAAGAAACAGCUGAAGGUGUUCUCUAAGAAGAUUGGAGAAAUGGGAGCUGGCCAGGGUGAGACUAUAUCUCCGGGUCAGAUGGUUGAAGAGACGGUCCGUCCAGUGAACAUUCCUCGUCGGGAGAAAGACUUCCAGGGAAUGUUGGAGUACAAGAAGGAGGAUGAGCUGAAACUGGUUAAGAACCUCAUACUGGAGUUGAAGCCUCGUGGUGUAGCGGUGAAUCUGAUCCCAGGGCUCCCAGCGUACAUCCUCUUCAUGUGUCUGAGACAUGCUGACUAUGUCAACGAUGACCAGAAGGUCAGGACCCUGCUCACAUCUACCAUCAACAGCAUCAAGAAGAUACUCAAGAAACGGGGGGAUGACUUUGAGACAGUCUCCUUCUGGCUGUCCAACACCUGCCGCUUCCUACACUGUCUCAAACAGUACAGCGGAGAUGAGUCGUUUAUGAAGCACAACACUCCUAAGCAGAAUGAUCACUGCCUGUCUAACUUUGACCUGGCUGAGUACCGUCAGGUCCUCAGUGACCUGGCCAUUCAGAUCUACCAGCAGCUCAUCAAAUGCAUGGAGAACAUCCUACAGCCCAUGAUCGUCUCUGGUAUGUUGGAGCAUGAGACCAUCCAGGGUGUGUCGGGGGUUAAGCCGACCGGUCUGCGUAAACGGACAUCGAGCAUCGCUGACGAGGGAACCUACACACUGGAAUCCAUCUUACGCCAGCUCAGCGCUUUCCACUCCACCAUGUGUCAGCACGGCACCGACCCUGAACUCAUCAAACAGGUUGUGAAGCAGCAGUUCUACAUCAUUGGAGCUGUGACUCUCAACAAUCUGCUACUGCGUAAAGACAUGUGCUCCUGGAGCAAGGGCAUGCAGAUCAGGUAUAACGUGAGUCAGCUGGAGGAGUGGCUGCGUGACAAGUCUCUGAUGCUGUGUGGAGCCAAGGAGACUCUGGAGCCUCUGAUUCAGGCUGCUCAGCUUCUGCAAGUCAAGAAGAAGACGGACGAAGACGCCGAGGCCAUCUGCUCCAUGUGCAACAGCCUCUCCACAUCUCAGAUUGUGAAGGUGUUGAACCUGUACACUCCAGUCAACGAGUUUGAAGAGAGGGUGUCUGUUACCUUCAUACGAACCAUACAGACUCGUUUGCGGGACCGGUGUGAGACUCCUCAGCUGUUGAUGGACACUAAGAUCAUCUACCCCGUCACCUUCCCUUUCAACCCCUCCUCUUUGGCCCUGGAGACUAUCCAAAUACCAGGCUCCCUCAACCUAGCCUUCCUUACCCGCGUCUAACACACACACACACACACAUAUAUGAUUAAUAGAUAGGCUAUACAUAGGUACACAUGCAUUCACAUGCAUACACAAACCAUUCGCUUCCUAACGCAUCCAAACACUUACAUACAGUACACACACAACGUGUACACACACACACACGCUCAGCUUCCACCAUUCGGUAGUUUUUACGUCAGUAGUUGAAAGCCCAUCCUCCUCCGCAUAUACAAAUGCUAAACUCUAAGAGAAUGCACUGCUACAGGCCACCUUUUUCUCCUAUCUUACCCCCUUUUACUGGAGCUACACAGACCACAUAGAACCCCAUUUAAGACCUAGUACCAUGUUCCCCCAGUCCUCUCUUUUCUCCUCUGUGUUCUCUUCUCAGUAGUGUAGUGUUUUCUAGCAGUCCGGUUCUCCCAUAGGAAUGUAUUACGGUACACUAAAGCUAGCUGUCCAGGGCUAGCAUCACAGCUAGCUAGCUCCUUCAGCUAAACUCAGCUAGCAUCUGUUGUGUUAUAAUAGGAUGCUAACGCUAGCGCUUCUACAGUUAGCAUAGCUAGCAUUAGAUAGUUCUGUUUUGAUGUGAUGCUAAAGCUAGCUAGCGCUUCUACAGUUAGCUAGCUAGCAUCACUUCUGAGUACAUUGUUGUCAACUCACCCACUGAACACAGUCAAGCCAAGUGCAGUACCCAUUGUCUGUACCAUACUUCUUAUACAUAUAUAAAUACAUAUAAAUAUUAUAUAUAUAUAUAUAUAUAUCACGCUAGGGUAUUUUAUUUAUUGCAUUUAUUCCGCUCCCUUCCCUAAAAUACGUUUUUCUUUGCAGACAGAAAACAUAGAUACCAUAGACAGGUAGACCUAUCUGUCCAACUUUCCAGGCCGGAGAGAAGUAUGGACAUGAAAGACGACUAGAGUCCUAUAGUAUUAUAAUGAUAUUUAUGUCGAUAGCAGAUUAACUAUGUAGUAUCAUUUAAUUAGCGCUAUUUAAUGUAGGUUUUUAUUUGUUUAGCUCACAAUGUAUUGUGCUUUAAGAUCUCUCUGCCGUAGCUUUGUCAUGUGUAACCUGCUUCUCUAGUAGAUCUGCACUUUAUCACCGCUGCACGAGAGGUUGAAAUAGAUAGAGGAUUAGACUGGAACAGAGGUUGAAAUAGAGGAUUAAACUGGAACAGAGGUUGAUAUAGAGGAUUAGACUGGAACAGAAGUUGAUAUAGAGGAUUAGAUUGGAACAGAAGUUGAUAUAGAAGAUUAGAUUGGAACAGAGGUUGAUAUAGAGGAUUAGACUGGAACAGAGGUUGAUAUAGAGGAUUAGACUGGAACAGAAGUUGAUAUAGAAGAUUAGAUUGGAACAAAGGUUGAUAUAGAGGAUUAGACUGGAACAGAGGUUGAUAUAGAGGAUUAGACUGGAACAGAAGUUAAUAUAGAUGAUUAGAUUGGAACAAAGGUUGAUAUAGAGGAUUCGACUGGAACAGAGGUUGAAAUAGAUAGACUUGCAGUAGAUGGUUAGAUUGGACGAGUAGUUUAGAUAGGUAUGGGUAUAGAGGGAUCAAACUAGCAGGUUUAGACAGCUUCAGCUAUUGUACUUGCUUCUCCACUUUAAGUAAGUAGUGUCAUUCCAACCCCUACUGAGGACUCACACACACACACUAAUGACUGUUGUUAAAAACAGAAGCACACUGGAUCCUACAUAUCCACUACCACAUCGUUUCCCAAACUAUUGGUCGCGGCCCCAUGUUGGGGUCGCCAGAUUUGAAAAUGGGGUAACCCCGGGGUUACGAUAGUAACCUCCAGUAGCCGCUAGAUUGUAAUAAACAGAGCGGUUUCUGUUUUCUUCCGGCAAAUGUGGCUCUAUCUUGUGAACGGUUUAAGCUACAAAAUAUUAUGACCCCAUCAUGAAAGAUAAGACUCUCAGGAACACGUAUGUGUCUUCUGUUUCCCUCUACAAUGGCCACAAGCCUCCUUAGAACAGAGUGGACAAGACCAGGCACUAAAUCAGAAUGGGGGGAGAACAACUUCAUCAAUGAUGAUGUUAUUUUCUACACAGAAGAUCAUACAAAAUUAUUGCCUGAUGAUCUUCUGAACUUCCCAAUACAUUUCUGAUGCUUUCCAGUCACUUCAAACCAUACUUCCUGCAGAUUGAAAAACUGCCAAAGGUACUGUCAGACUGAUUUGUAAUAGACUGUCUACAUGGUGGAGUCGUGAUUUAAAAAAAAAUCAAAACAUCUAAAUAAAAAGUUUGGGAACCCCUGCACUACCAACUUCUACAUAUCUUCACUUCUAAAUAUCUUCAUGUCCUCACCCCACCACUCUCUCUGCUCAACUCCCUAUAGGUUAUGAUGAACAAGAUCUAUAGGUAUUACUUUCAGUAUUGUGUGUAACUAAACCUGGUUAUCACUGAGCCGGUCUAACAGUCAGUCUGUUUUAUUGUAGUUGCUCUUGUAAUCCAUCGGAUUUAGACCCAAUAUCAACCAUGUCAUGAAUGUUUUUCCCUACAGCAUGUAUGAUAAUGCUGUCAUGCCAGCUUUACUCCAGAAACUAAAUCACUGCUUUCUACACAAACUAUUACACACCUUGGCUACAGUCUCUACUCUAACCUACUCUAACUCUUACCCCCUUCUUUCAUUCCCUACUAACCUACUCUAACUCUUACAACUCCUUCACUGUCUCCCCAACCCCCUCUUCACUGUGUCCCAACAUCAGACAAGUCUGUUUUCAUGGCUCUACUUUUAGCGAAAGCAGCCAUGUUGUUACUCAGCACCAGAUAGUGACCAGGAGAGGGCGACAUUAGACACUAACUCACAUGACUGUGGUUUCUAUAGAACCAGACGUUCUUCUAGAUGUUCUAUAGAGUGGAAGACGAUCUACUAACAUUCUAAUCACUACUACUAAGGCUGAGGGAUAGAAAGGACAGAAAUACAUUCAUCAUCAUAUCAUCGUUGCCUCUCUUCCUUACUUGUGCCAUCAGUGUUCACCUAUACCCUAUCUGCCCAUUAACUAUAUUUAACCAUCAACCUUAUUGUUUAACCAUCAACUUUAUUUUACUGUGAACCUUAUUAUUUACCGUGACCUUUAUUUGCCUGCCAACCCUGACCCCAUGACCUUUGACCUUUGUUCCCUGGCCUAUAGAGAGACACAUGACUCAGAAAAACAUAUUAUUAUUACUAUCAUUGAUGUAGGAGUCAAGUUCAUGUUUAAACUUGUUUUGUGGUGCAAUUUAAUUAAUAUAAAUUAAUUAAUAUUCAUAUUUAUUAUUGGGACCACCAUGAGUGUAUUGUAUAAAAAUUAAAAAUUGCCUUUUUGUUACAUUUUUGCAGCGUUGCAUUUUAAUGAAGGAUUUUUAGGAAUAGGUGAUAGGUUGUGCAACAUGUGUAUAGUGAUACCAGAUCUAAAAUGCAUAUCUGCAACUUGGACGAUACUGGAAAACGAUACCGGCAAUACUCCAGGUUUUACUCUUGUGAAUGUUUUAGAGCUGUUGUUGAUCAUAACAAUAGGAUGACUUCAUUGUUACUCAUGUUUUGGACAAAGCCUUACAUAUGAUUUUAAAACACAAUCAUCUCCUGUCAUUGUCUCUGUUUGUGUCAGUCCGUCUGUUACACAACUACUGUUUUAAAAAGUAACAUUAUUAUUAUUGAGUGUUUUGAUAAGUUGUCCUUGGAUCCUUUUUUCGAAGGCUGGGAUGGAAGGAUUGUUCUGCUUUCUGUCUAGAUGCACUUUUUGAAAUAUUUACUGAACAAGUUUAAUAAACGCUGAUAAAGUUA